AUGGCAGCGGCAAGGACAACCCAAACGAGCCCUUUCCUUCUCUCACUCGUCUCUAUAUCUCUUCUCCUUCUACAGGCUAUCUCAGUCGUCGAUUGUAACAAAGACCAAGACAGCAAUGAUGCCACCGAUUUCAUCCGUACCAACUGCAACGCAACCUUGUACCCAGACGUUUGCUACUCCAGCCUUUCUCGCUACGCCAACACUAUCCAGCAAAGCCCAGCAAAGCUCGCGCGCGUGGCUGUAGCCGUGAGUUUAUCUAGGGCUCGUCGCAUUGCCGCUUACAUUACGAACCUUUCUCGGCAACCCAAUUCAGCGGCGUUCGAUACGGAAACCGCCGCGGUUCUGAAGGACUGUUCGAGCACCUUCGGUGACGCAAUUGAUCAGAUGCGACGCUCCAACACUGAAAUGAUCCACCUUGACCUCACCUCCCAUUCCCAAGAGUCUUUGCGGUUUCAGAUGAGCAACGUGCAGACGUGGAUGAGUGCCGCACUUACAAAUGAGGACACGUGUACGGAUGAGUUCGGAGAUCUACCUGAUGAGUCUGUGAAAUCGGAUGUUUGUGAACGGGUGGUGUAUGGCCGGAAGUUGACGAGCAAUGCUCUCGCUAUGGUCAAUAGGUUUGUUGCAGCGACUGAAGCUGACGCCCCUGCUACUACACCUUGAUGCGUAAAUUCUGACCGUUUGAUUCUACAAUAUUGUUUGUAUUUAACCAGAAAGAAGGUUUGUUUUGGUAUUGUAAAGAAUUUUAGAUUACUUGUGUAGUGAUUGAA